GCCUGCUGAGCGGUCGAGGAACUCGACGCGGCCGACGCGGAUGGGUGGUUCCCUCCUUGAUUGAGUGAAAGAGAGAGCGCAGCGCUAGAGGGGCUGGACCGAGGGACAGGGUCCGGGAGCCCGAGGGGUCAGUCAGUCAGCUGCUUUCAACCCUCCGGCUGCCCAGGAAAGAAGAAACGCUUGAGCUUCGGGUAUCAACAGUAGAAGACUGAGAGACUAUUUUAAAGUUCAACAAAUGCAUUCCACACUUGAAAUCUGCUCCUUUCUUCUACCACCACCUCCUUUAGAGAUCUGACUUCUUAAACAAGAGAUAAAAGAAGACUCAAAGGUAUAAGAAGAUGUUGGGAUCUGAACGUGGUGUAGUGGAAGAAUGGUUAUCAGAAUUCAAGGCAUUACCUGAAACUCAGAUCACCAACUAUGCAGCAACUCUGCACAGGAAAAAAACACUGGUACCAGCUCUCUAUAAAGUCAUUCAAGACUCAAAUAAUGAGAUACAGCCUCCUCGAUGCCUCUGCUGUUUACUGGAGUGAGUUUGAAGAAGUUCAGCUCCUAGAGCCUGUCUGUCACCAGCUUUUUGAGCUAUAUCGUAGUUCUGAAGUUCGGCUCAAGAGAUUCACUCUGCAGUUCUUACCAGAGUUGAUAUGGGUUUAUUUACGUCUUACUGUUAGCCGGGACAGACAGAGUAAUGGUUGCAUAGAAGCACUGCUACUAGGAAUCUAUAAUUUGGAAAUUGCAGAUAAAGAUGGAAACAAUAAAGUGCUAUCUUUUACCAUCCCUUCCUUAUCUAAGCCUUCAAUAUACCAUGAGCCCUCAACUAUUGGAUCCAUGGCCUUGACAGAGGGAGCACUGUGUCAGCAUGACCUCAUUAGAGUGGUUUAUAGUGAUCUUCAUCCUCAAAGGGAAACAUUUACUGCACAAAACAGGUUUGAGGUCCUGAGUUUUCUCAUGCUCUGCUACAAUUCAGCUAUUGUUUAUAUGCCUGCCUCCUCUUAUCAGGCACUGUGCCGCAUGGGUUCCAGGCUUUGCGUGAGUGGGUUUCCACGGCAAAAUGAAAAACAAUGGAAAGAACCUUGUGGCCGAGUAGUAUUGGAUCCUGAAUUUAUGGUGCAGCUUCUGACAGGUGUCUAUUAUGCCAUAUAUAAUGGACAGUGGGACCUUGGCCAAGAAGUACUGGAUGACAUUAUUUACAGAGCUCAGCUAGAACUUUUUUCUCAACCACUACUGGUUGCUAACGCCAUGAAGAAUUCAUUACCAUUUGAUGCUCCUGAUUCUUCACAAGAAGGUCAAAAAGUACUUAAAGUAGAGGUUACACCCACAGUGCCAAGGAUUUCUCGAACUGCAAUCACAACUGCUUCAAUUCGUCGUCAUCGAUGGAGGAGAGAAGAUGGCUUUGACUUCUCAAACGAGGCUGACUCGCGUAUUCCUGGCUCCCCGAUCCAACACGGCUCCACAGACCUAGGGAUCAAACGUGUGCAAGAGGGGGAGGUGCUGAUGCGCAGGACCCCUGAGCACGGCUCGCCGGAGCCCACCUUGGCAGCAGCCACAACAGAGGGUGCUGAGGGUGUAAAUGGAGGAGAGGAGUCUGUGAACCUGAAUGAUGCAGAUGAAGGAUUUUCAUCAGGGGCUUCUCUCAGCAGUCAGCCAGUUGGGACCAAACCAUCAUCCUCUCAGAGGGGAAGCUUAAGGAAAGUAGCAAGUGGCCGUUCAACAAAGGAUAAAGAAACAGCUUCUGCCACCAAAUCCAUCGAGAGCCCUCGGGAGUCAGUAGUUCGUAAGCAGUACAUACACCAACCAGCUGACCUUAGUGUAGAUUCCAUUGAAUUGACACCGAUGAAGAAACACCUGAGCCUACCUGCUGGCCAGGUGGUGCCAAAAGCUAAUAGCUUGAGUUUGAUCCGGACAGCCAGUGCUUCCUCAAGUAAAUCCUUUGACUAUGUGAAUGGCAGUCAAGCCAGUACAAGCAUUGGGGUUGGCAUUGAGGGAGUUACUAAUUUAGCAGGUAGCAAUGCUAAUCGAUUUUCAACUAUCAGCCUACAGGAAGACCGACUAGGCCAGGCUGGGGAAGGUAAAGAUCUCCUCAGCCCAGGCGCCCCCCUAACCAAGCAAUCUCGUUCCCCAAGCUUCAAUAUGCAGCUGAUAUCACAGGUGUAGUUUUGACAGUUCCACUUUUUUUCUUUCUGUGUAUCUUUUAAAACCAAACAUUUCAUUGUGCAAGAAGAAACUUCACCCCACAAUCUGAAACUACUGACCAUUGUAAUCAGAUUUGAUUUGGUUUAGGUAUCAUCAUACUGUAUUUUGUACUGAAACAGCAAUAAGAUUUUCUUUCCCCUCCUAUUCUUCCUCUUUGUCCCCUCCCCCAAACUCCCCAAAUGUGUUUGUGAAGCAGUAUAAAAUGUAUGCCUUUUUCAUGCCUUCCUUUCUCCUUGGGUGAUGUGCAAUCCAUCGUAGGUUGAUCGGUCCCAUUUCAACACUGUGAGACUGCAGAGACAUUAGAGGAAAUGGUGUAUGUGAUCCCUAUGAAAUGAUUCUUUGGCUUUGUUAAGAAAUAGAAACGGGUUCUCUCAAUGUACAGAACUAUGAAAACUACUGGAUCAUAUGUUUAUUUUUUCUCUCAAAACCAGGAGUGCCUCAGAGAUUCUACUAUGACUUUUGACUUCUCUGAGUUUGUGCAAUCUUUUGUUUUUGCUUUUCUUUCUUUUUGUAAAAAGAAAUAUGAGAAAAGGAGAUGGGAGGAAAUAGAUCAGACAUGCUUCUGGCAGUCUUCUGCACUUUUUCAUUAAAAUGAGGGUAGUUCUUUUCCCCCAACUCUUUUACUCUGAAAAGUUAAAUAUUCAGUCACUGAAACAUUCAAACCAAGUUUUGGUCUUCAUUGCAGAGAAGGCUCUAGGUUUAUUGUGUAAAUGGUAAUGCACUUUUAAUGGCUUUAUAGCCAUAUUUAACAUAAUGUCUUCCCUCUUUCCCACCAGGACAUAUAGGGUUAUUCUGUCAGUAGGUUAAAGUUUGAAGCAGUAAACAAGUCCAAGAAUCCAGAUGGGGUAUCCUUUUUCCUAGACAUGAUGAACAGUUUGUUCUUGUUUAUGAAUUGUUGAUGACUGAUUCCAACAAGUGCAUCUUCAGGUAAACAGUGGAAUUUUUCAAGUCAUCUUCAGUGAUACCAGAUUAUUUGUGAAGCCCUCUCCAGCUGCUUUCUAGGUAUGCCUACAUUCAGGCAAAUAUUUUGGAUUAUAUACUUCAUGAAGGUACAUCAGGAACAGAUAAUUUGCUUGGGGGAAUCACUGAAGCUUCAGUAUGACACAUUUUUAUAAAACAAUUUCCUACCAGGGGAUAUUGAAAUGUCUUCUGCUAAAAGGACCACACUACCUUUUUAUUAAUCAGUCUACUGCAGUUUAUGAGCCUGUUCAACAUUGAUUUGAAAGUGGGUUCCUUGUCCUUUAGAUAUUUUUGAAAUCAUGUCAAUGAGCUAGACAUUAAAUGUAUGACUAGCUUUUGGAAAUUAUUUAAGAGGCUACAAAAAUGUAUCAUUCAAAUUAAUGGUUCUGAUUUGAUUAAAGAAUCAUUUUAAAUUUUACAUAGCUUCCCUGAGUCUUUUGGCUCUGAUAAUUAAAAUAGGAGAGUAUAGUAGAAAAUACACACCUGCGUGCGCGUGUGCACGUGCACACACACACACACACACGC